AUGGACGCCAAUGUGACUGCGAUAGCGGUGGUUCAAAAAUCGGUUAAGAUCUCGGAGGAUAAGCCUGAAGUAAAAAUUUGGCAUCAUCAAGUUUUCAAACUACGACUGGAAACCAAUUUAAAAAUGGUUACUGUAAUUGAAGUGAUCAGUAAUUGCAAUAAUGCCCUAUAUCCCAACAUUUAUAAGCUACUGAUAAUUCUAUUAACGUUACCUGUAACAUCUUGUGAAGCCGAGAGGUCAUUUUCAACUUUAAAGCGAAUAAACACAUACCUCAGAAAUUCAGCAGCAGACAAUAGAUUAAAUGUUUUAGCAGCAUUGAAUAUUCACCGAGAAAUUAAAGUUGAUACAUAUGCCGUUAUAAAAGAAUUAGCAAAGAAAAAAAACGAUUAA